GGAAAAAGGUCCCCACUUUGGUACUUAUAAUUCAUUCUCUCUUCUCCAUUUUUCUUCAUUCACACAAUUGAAUUAUUAGACAUGACCAUACAUUAUUAACGUUGAAAAAAAGAAAAAAAAUCAUGACUAAGCCUUCUUAUACUCCUUUGUCAUGUCUAGUCAUCACCUUAUUGCAAUUGAUCAUUCCUAGCCAAGAAGCACAAAUAACACCACCUCCAUUGCCAAUUCUCCCAUUACCAAAUUAUGCUCAAUUAAAAUGGCAACAAAGGGAACUCAUCAUGUUCCUACAUUUCGGUGUCAACACGUUCACGGAUAGUGAAUGGGGCAGUGGGGAUGAAAAUCCUUCGAUUUUCAACCCCACAAACCUAGAUGCCAACCAAUGGGUUGACACCGCGGUUCAAGCAGGAGUAUCACUAGUGAUACUCACUGCUAAACACCACGAUGGUUUUUGCUUGUGGCCUUCUAAAUAUACUGAUCAUUCGGUUAUAAGAAGUCGUUGGAAAAAUGGGCAAGGCGAUGUGGUUCGAGAAUUUGUCAAUGCGGCCAAGGCUCGUGGCGUCGAUGUUGGUUUGUACCUUUCGCCAUGGGAUCGCCAUGAUAAGAGUUAUGGGCUAAAUAAGGAGUACAAUGAACAUUAUUUGGCUCAACUACAAGAACUUCUCAACAAAUAUGGAGAUGUUAAAGAGAUAUGGUUUGAUGGAGCAAAGGGUUCAAAUGCACCAAACAUGACUUACUACUUCGAUGAUUGGUUUGCAAUGGUGAAUGAAUUGCAGAGUGCAAUCAACAUAUUUUCCGACGCCGGACCGGGGGUCAGAUGGGUCGGAAAUGAGCAUGGAUUCGCCGGAAACACAAGUUGGUCCACCAUCAAUCGAACAUUGUUGUCUAUUGGCGGUAGCAACGCUGAUUAUCUCAACAGUGGAGACCCAAAAGGGACAGAUUGGUUACCACCAGAAUGUGAUGUAUCAAUUCGACCAGGAUGGUUUUGGCAUAAAUCACAAGAACCAAAGAGCCUAAGUGAGUUGCUCGAAAUUUACUACAAUUCCAUCGGACGAAAUUGCGUAUUGCUACUUAACGUGCCUCCUAACACACAAGGAUUAAUAACCAACAGCGAUGUGCAAAGACUCAAAGAAUUUAGAAAUGCAAUUGACACAAUAUUCUCCACCAAUUUAGCCAAGGAAUGUUCAAUCAAAGCAAGUAGUCAAAGGGGAGGUAAGAAUGGAGGUUUCGGACCCGAAAACGUGCUAGACGAUGACCAUUUAUGGACAUAUUGGGGUCCAAAAGAUGAUAAAGAGGAUAAUUGGAUUGAGUUCAAAACAAAGAGUAAUAAGUCGUUGAGGUUUAAUGUGGUAAGGAUUCAAGAAGCAAUUGGGCUAGGACAAAGGGUAAAAAGUCAUGAAAUUUAUGUUGAUGGGAAGAGAAUUGCUAAUGGAACUACAAUAGGAUACAAGAAGCUUCACAGGAUUAAAAAAGGGGUGGUGAGUAAUGCUAAAAGUGUGAAGAUAAAGAUAAUUGGAUCAAGGGGAACUCCUAUGAUUUCAUCAAUUGGUCUCCAUUUUGAUCCCUUUUGGUAGCCACAUGAUGAUAUGAUUGUCCACUUAGUUAA